CUUGACGGCGAGCUGCGGUUGGUCGGAUAAUCUAGCAAAUAAAUAUUCAGCAAAUAUUUAUAUAGUUUCCUCGGAAGGAAGAUAUCGGGGGCAUUUAAAAAAAAAAAAAAAAGAAACAAAACAAAAAAAACAAGUGUAUAUUCAGACCUUUUGAAAAGCUUUGGGUGGUUUGAGACAUUGUGAACUAUGCCGGACGGCCGCGAGUUUGAAGCCUUUUUCAGCAGCUCAAUGCGGAUGCGUUGCGCCAACAGCUGAGUCGGGACUUAAAGAUGAGAAGCAAGAACACCAAGAGUCUUUUUACUUUCUAACGAACUAACAGAAAGCUGGAUGUUUUUCAGUUUCAGGGUUUUUAUUUAAGGCACUGAGGUUUUGCUCUUGAAACAGCGACGACAUGAAUAUUUAGUGUAGCUAACUGUCUAGCGAGCUAAGUGGCGGUUAUCGUUUUCUGGAUAACCAGCUAAGUGAGUUAGCCAUGAAAAUGAAGUUCCGCAAGAGUUAGCUUUGUGGUUUGCAAGGUUUGUUCGCCAAAGCCAGACCCAUUCUGUCUUUAAUUUUAACCGCUGUAGGUCUGUUUUACAUUAAUGGCACCUAACAGUUUGGAAGCCAACUGUAGCGUAUAGAAGUUUUACUUGGUAGUAUUAAUAGUCCGUGACAGUCACAUCAAGCUAACGUCGAGCUAACCAUUUUUCGAGCGCCCCCUCACUCCGCCAGGUAGUCCGUCGAAAAGUAAUCAUAUAAAACUGUAAUUAGUUUCCCACUGUGUAGCUUUAAGCCCGAAAUAGAUUCGUUAGACUGUUUGCUCAUGAUUGCUAUGUGGUAGACUUGAAUAAUGGCGAAAAUGUUGGGGCCAUAAAACUUCUAUCUACAAUUUGACGCUGCAUAUUCAGAACUAUUCGCUCGACAUCCUGUAAGAUUACGUUGUUUUGUUGAUCGGAAUAAAUUCAGUUGUUAAAUCUGACGGCACCUUUCUCUGUGGUCAAGUAAAAAUGGAGGAGCGAUAGCUGCUUUGAUAGUGGAACUGUUAUCAAGUGCUUUAGUUAAAUUAUAUAAAAUAUAUAUAUAUAGUGAAAGAUAACAAGAUAAACAACUAGCCAACACGCCUGAGCCGGAUGUAGUGAGCUAACGUGUUAACCACCUCGUUGAUAGCCAUUAUUUUUUAUCUUGUCAACAAGGUCUGGUCGGUUAAAACCCGUAGAAAUCGACCAUUUGUUCCUUCUUCGCCCGAGAGGUGCUGUGGGAGGAAGAGAAGUGUGUUUAAUAAAUGCGUCGUUUAGCUGGAAAUAUCUAUUUCGAUUCAUUCGGAAUUCUAAAAGAAAAACGUUAGCUAGCUAACAGCCGUCGCCCAUUUUCAUAUUUUUUGUAACUCCUUUUUAAAUGCUGGUUAGUUAUGUUAGUUUAACGAUAAACACGGGAUUUAAAUAUACAGACACGGGUCUUAUAGUUGCUGUUUUAAAUUGUGCGUUGUUUUAGGCAUUCUGUUUAAUUUAAUGUAAAGCCAGUCGCACGUUCUAGAAUCACAGCAGCGUGGUUUACGGCUUCUUACCCCGAGCUAGCUGGAUUAGCCAGCUAACAGGAUUUAUGUGUGAAUUUACGUUUGCCUACUUGGCUCGAUUUUGACAGUCUUAACCAGCAGGUGGGUUCUCGUAAUACGCUCUCUGCAAGUGGUGGGAGGCCGAGGGGGAACAUUUCAUAAAAAUAUUACUGUAAGGUUGAGGGUUAUUUGCACUUGCGUUCACGCUGUAGUUUUUACCCUUAGAAACCCAGCGCUAAUCAACAUUGCCGCCCGCAGUAGAAACCCCUCUUUGCAUGAAUCUUGUGUUAUUUGUUACAAUGCCCGUAUUUUGAACCUCGGCAAAUCGAAACGAAGAAGACGGAAGGGCUUGAUCGAUGGUCGCCCGGGACUCCCGCACUGUCACCGUGCUGUUGGCUUUGUGUUGAUUACCCUGCUGUCUUUCGUGAUCUCUUUGUCCCUGUGUCAUUCCCGCGGCUGUUUCUACAUCGAUUCGAUUGAGCCACGGUUGAAGAUGGCGGAUCUAGAGGCAGUUCUCGCCGAUGUCAGCUAUUUGAUGGCGAUGGAGAAGAGCAAGUCGACUCCAGCGGCCCGAGCAAGCAAGAAGAUCAUUCUCCCUGAACCCAGUAUUCGGAGUGUGAUGCAGAAGUACUUGGAAGAGAGAGAUGAGCUCACCUUUGACAAAAUCUUCAACCAGAAGAUUGGGUUCCUGCUAUUUAAGGAUUUCUGUAUGAAUGAAAUAGACGAGGCCGUUCCCCAGCUGAAGUUCUAUGAAGAGAUUAAAGAAUAUGAGAAAUUGGACUCUGAGGAGGAGAGACUAAGUCGCAGUCGGCAGAUAUAUGAUGGCUACAUUAUGAAGGAGCUCCUGUCAUGCUCACAUCCUUUCUCUAAGAAAGCCGUGGACCAUGUCCAGUCUCACUUGGCUAAGAAACAGGUGCCUCCAUCCCUCUUUCAGCCAUACAUUGUUGAAAUCUGUGACAGUCUGCGAGGAAAGAUCUUUCAGAAGUUCAUAGAAAGCGACAAGUUUACUCGUUUCUGCCAGUGGAAGAAUGUAGAGCUAAAUAUCCAUUUAACCAUGAACGAUUUUAGUGUUCAUCGGAUCAUUGGUAGAGGUGGGUUCGGAGAGGUGUAUGGCUGCAGGAAGGCUGACACAGGAAAAAUGUAUGCCAUGAAGUGUUUGGAUAAGAAGCGGAUUAAGAUGAAGCAGGGUGAGACCCUGGCACUCAAUGAGAGAAUCAUGCUGUCUUUGGUCAGCACAGGGGACUGUCCAUUUAUCGUGUGUAUGACGUAUGCUUUCCAUACUCCUGAUAAGCUGUGUUUCAUUCUGGACUUGAUGAAUGGUGGGGAUCUCCACUAUCAUCUUUCUCAACAUGGAGUAUUUAGUGAGAAGGAAAUGCGUUUCUAUGCAGCAGAAAUUAUCCUGGGUUUGGAGCACAUGCACAACCGUUUUGUUGUCUACCGAGACCUUAAGCCUGCCAACAUCCUCCUAGAUGAGCACGGCCAUGUUCGCAUCUCUGACUUGGGUUUAGCCUGCGAUUUCUCAAAGAAGAAACCCCAUGCCAGUGUGGGCACCCAUGGCUAUAUGGCACCAGAGGUUCUGCAAAAAGGGACAGCAUAUGAUAGCAGCGCUGACUGGUUUUCACUGGGCUGCAUGCUGUUUAAACUUCUGCGAGGGCACAGUCCAUUCCGGCAACACAAGACCAAAGACAAACAUGAGAUUGACCGAAUGACACUUACUAUGAAUGUAGAGUUGCCAGACUCCUUUUCAUCUGAACUAAAGUCUCUUUUGGAAGGACUUCUACAAAGAGAUGUGGCAAAGAGAUUGGGCUGCCAGGGUCAGGGGGCUUCAGAAGUGAAGGAACAUCUGUUUUUCAAAGGAAUCGACUGGCAACAGGUCUAUCUCCAGAAGUAUUCUCCACCACUGAUUCCUCCUCGUGGAGAGGUGAAUGCUGCUGACGCCUUCGACAUUGGUUCUUUUGAUGAGGAGGACACCAAAGGCAUAAAGCUGCUGGACAGUGAUCAGGAGCUGUAUAAAAACUUUCCCCUGGUGAUCUCAGAGCGCUGGCAACAGGAGGUGGCUGAAACGGUGUAUGAGGCAGUCAACAGUGACACGGAUAAGAAUGAGGCACGCAAGCGAGCCAAGAACAAGCAACAAGGCCACGAGGAGGACUAUGCCUUGGGCAAGGACUGCAUCAUGCAUGGCUACAUGCUGAAGCUUGGAAACCCAUUCCUGACUCAGUGGCAGCGCCGAUACUUCUACCUGUUUCCUAACCGUGUAGAAUGGAGAGGAGAGGGCGAGUCUAGGCAAAACCUCUUAACAAUGGAGCAGAUAGUGACUGUUGAAGAGACGCAGAUCAAAGACAAGAAAUGCAUCCUGCUGAGGAUCAAAGGAGGCAAACAGUUUGUCCUGCAGUGUGAGAGUGACCCAGAGUUUGUACAAUGGAAGAAGGAGCUGAAUGAAGCAUUCACAGAGGCUCAGAAGCUGCUACGUCGUGCUCCCAAAGUGAUCGGCAAGGGCCGUGCCGGUGUGGUGGAACUAUCCAAACCACCGCUGACACACCGCAACAGUAACGGCUUGUGAGCCACUGUUGUCUUUUGCCCCAACGCUUCCUCAUUAUCAAGCAUCCUUUUACACUUGCAGACAUGGCACCACCUGUUUCAGCUUUCUCUCCAUUUUCGCCACAAUCAAUAAAGCGUCUUAACUGUUUAAAGGCAGUUCUCCACAUGGUCUGUCUGGAGUUCUACUUGACUAUAACUAUUGUUUCGUCUGUCUAGCACACGCACACUCGCCCACUUGCAGAUUGACACACCGGCCCAGCUGCCGUUCUCGGAUAACAGUGAAGGACCAAUGUUAAUGUCAAUGCUGAUUGAAGACGUUUAUGUGAACAAGAAUGAACACGAGUCAUCCAGUGACAUUGUGUCCUUGCUCAUUGUGUCCUUUCACCUCUUGCUCUUUUAAUCUGUGAACUUCCUAGUCCUUGCUCAGUGUUUUUCCCCAGGCAGGGCCUGGCAUCAGCUGCCCCCUACCCAAGCACACAUGUACAUAGACUGGUGUGUGAUGCUAUGGGAAGCUGAAUCCUGUGCUCCUGCUGCUCUUCCCACUACUGUGAAUGUGUUUGUCUCUGUAUGCUCAGGAUGAAACUCUGUGUGAAAAUGCAGGUAGUGGGCCACCUGGGUCCAUGCAGGCAGAGAUAGUGGGCUGCAUGCUGUUUUUAGUCAGCAUUGAUGCCACCAUAGUGGAGGCUGGUAGAAUGUCUUUCUGUCCUAACUUCUAGUGCUUGUACAAUGAGUCAAAUGAAAUUCUGGCAAUGCUGAGGUCUAGUUUGAUGUAAUUCCUCAUUUAUCUUUGUGUAAUAGCCAGGGCCACCUUAACUUGGCCCAUUUCUUGAAUGCAUUAUGGUUGACCUCUAACAUAACUAGAUGUUGGUUGCCAAAGGUGCCCAGUUGCAGUCCGAGAUAACCAGUGUCCAGCAUAUUUUCUGUACUUAAACACAUCUUUCAUCUUAGCAAUUUAUUAAGAGGGUGAGAAGGGAUGUUGGAGCAGAGAAAUCACCAAAUUCUGCUUGAUUCAAGCUUUUAAGGACUGCAACUGGUUAUCUGCGCUUUCAAGCUUCAAAUGCAUACAGAUUGGUGGGACGUGAUGAUUGGGCUGUUGGCCCUACUCUCUCCACUUUUGCCUUUCUUUCUACUCAAAGCAGUUUCUCAACAAUUCCAUUAUGAUGUUCUGCACUGAGGAGAUUGUCAGUGAUUAUGAAUGCACUCCUUCAUGAGAUAAGAUUUGAUAGUAAUUAACUGAGUGUGAAAUUUGGUAUUUAGCCCUUUAAGGGAUCAAAAUGAAUUUCUGUUGCUGAUUGUGCACUCGCAUGGAGCAAUGUGUAUUUUGUGUGUGCAUGUGUGUGUUUGGUCACUUGAUUGUUAUGGGGCCCGAAAUGUGUGGCCAGUGGAAUUUCAGUACACAUCAUUCCCUUGGUUGUACUAUUGUGUGCCUCAAGAGGGAUAUAUUUCAUUGGUUCGUAUUGGAAAUACGAGAUGCCACAGUCCUUUCCCAUACAGCCUCCAGCCCACUGCACCUUCUCCAAACCCUCAAUCCUAUCCAUACCAUUUGAAGUGCAAAAAGUGCCAACACAGAGCGAGGAUUCUUUAAGCCAAGUCUGUUUGACUUCAUUGUGACUCCAAUGUAAAUGACGGAGAAAAAAGCAAAACAGACUGCAUUCUCCCUGUUUCACAUGCCCACCUCUUUUGGGAAUGCUCUGAUGGACAAAAAAGUGCAACACAAAAAAAAAAAAGACAGAUUUGAAAAUAUAAGGAGAAUUGCACAGUCCUUAUCUGACUAUAUAUAAAGAACCAGUCCUUUCUCUGUGCAUCUACAGUAUACUCUUCUUGAAAGAUGUUUGCUUAUUUGGGGGAUUAUUCUGUCUGCCUGUCUUUCUGUUUUGUUUUUUGUCUUGGCUUUGGGGAAAGAGUGGGUUGGGUUUGAUGGCUUUCCAAUUGUUCAUGCAUACCUCAGGAUAAUGUGUGUGGAAACCUGAAUGAAAGCAGAGUGACUUCUUUCUUUUCACCUCCUGCAUGUGUCUGUGUGGCCAUCAUCCAUCUGCAGGUGGACAGACUGUUAACAUCAGCAGUGAACAUAUGUUAAUAUCCUACCCAAAUUGAGGAAAUUCCUUUGAGAAGGAUGAGCUACAGGGACAGUGGGGAGGGAAACAAACCAUUUGUUGUAAUGCUUGAUUUCAGUUUAGUUUUAAUUUUUUAUAUUGUUUUGAAUGUGACAAUGCAAAUUUCUAAUUGAAUUUUUUGAAAUAUGUGCAUUUUUGACUGGCAGAAAAUAGCACAGCUAAAAGGUGGAUUUGAAAAGUGAAUUUAGCUUUCUUUCGUUUUUAUUUGUAUAUUUCAGGUUUUCCAUUCAAUAGCUUUUAUAAGUGGUUCUUGUCCAUGCUUUUUAAAAGGAGACUUUGAUUUGCAUGUAAUCCGGAGUUUUGCAAUAUAUUAUUAUAUAGCAAAACUCAGGAUCGCUUGCAAAUCAAACUCUCUGUUUUUAUAGCCUUUAAGUGUCAGGGAGGUGCCAUCCUAGAGGAAGAUUUAAAGAUGAACUUUGAGGGUCUUAGUUGUAAAACCAAAUCAGUUUGGACAUUAGAGUUUAAUCACUGUACCACUAGAAUUCACAAGCUCACAAAAAAUGUGCCAAAAGACUGUAGGUAACAUUUUUGCUGUGCACUCUGCACGCAAUUCACCAUAUACAUUCCCUUCAAGCCAAAAUUGGUACGUUUUACUGAUUAAUAACUAUGAUUGAGGAAAGGUACAAAAGUGUGACCAAAUUUAGGUGGUCCAGUGGGAGCAGAUUUUGGAUGUCACCAACACACUGGAAAGUGUCUGUCUACCAAGCAACCAGGCCAUCACUGGCACCUGUCAAGAAAGGCAUUUUACUCACCCAUUUCUCAAAGCUGGAGCACCUCCAACAAUCCCGAAUAAUCUUCUUCUGUUCAGGGGUUUUGUAUUUUAUGUUUAUUUCAGCUUUUUAUUCACCAUGUUGAUGUUUCAUUCAAAUGCUUGUGUGUCUGUUUUGUAGGGAUUAGUUUAUCUGGUGAAAGCAGGUAUUAAUGGCAGGUAUCAAAAGACAGCAAAUAGGAAAAAUAAAGUAAAUAUAUAUGUAUAUGAAAUUACAAAUUAUUUAGGUUUAUUUAAAGGGUAAAUUACAAAAACCUGGGCUGGGAUUGGGUUCAAUGUGAGUUUCAAAUAUUUGUGGUAAAGAAUCAGCUCAAUUCUUGCACAUAAAUUUAGAUAGUGUACCUACAGAAUGCAGAUUAUUAUUUUUGUCUGUUUAUUACAAGAUUCUCUUGCUUUCUUUCAUAUUUAUUGUCCUGCUAGGGAGUUAAUCCCUUAAUGCUAACUAUACAUGUACAGUACAUGGGUUUUGCUAGAGCACGGAGCUGUAGAAGGUUCCAGUUUACAGUUGCCACAAACUUUUUCUUCUUCCCUUCCUUUUUUUGUGCUACAAGCAAACGCAAGUACUACUGUAUAGGUUAUUACCAUUCAAAUUAAGGCAGUUAUUAUUAUUGCUGAAGAUGACCAGUAAUUAUCCCCAGAGAAGCUAGAAACGUGUUGGACUACCAAUUUAAAGUUCAGAAUAAAAGCCCUUUUUGUGUUCUUUG